AUGGCUAGUGAGAAGGGACGUACAGAAAUUCCUAUGAUUAUGUAUGAGCCGUCCCAAGAAGCCUCUGCACCAGAAUACUGCGGGCAACAGGGGGGCUAUGAAUAUCCUUCUCCCCCACCUUACUGCUAUCGAGAAACAGUCAACCUUGAGCAACCAGUUUACCUGGUGUCUCAGCCUCCAAUCGUUGUAGCAGGAAUCUUCUCAAGCAAACCAACAUCCACAAUAUGCCCUUCCUGCCGCCAGCACAUUACCACACAGGUCACCUACAGAGUGGGCAGACUGUCUUAUCUUCUGUGCACCAGCUUGUGUAUGGUUGGGUGUUGUUUCGGAUGCUGCUUCGUACCUCUCUUCAUGAGAAUCUUCAAGGAUGCAGACCAUUACUGCCCAUGCUGCCAAUUUCACAUUUACAGAUACAAAAGACUGUAA